GGUGCUGUGUAACGGACAACCUUUUCUGUCGUAUUGCUCUGAAUUAAUAAACAGACUCGACUCGUUUACAUGCACUUCAUGUUGCGUUUACUCGCCGUGCCAUCCCACGUCCUACAAGCACUCGCGCACUCUCCUAAGACUCGGACUCGCCCCGCAUGAACUGGCCUACGACAGGCACUAGACUCGUUCAGCCACAACUAACUGGCCGGUUAUUCAGGCCAACGAAUUCAAAGAAAAAUAUAGCUAAGUCCUAACUGACAGGAGCUAAGUCCCAACGGAUAGACAUCAGGAUUACAGACAACAAACCCCCCUAAUCCUAGAGCUCAUCCUUUAUGUUGACGACGCCAAUGCGAUCACGGAGGAGCUAGAACUUCACACGAUCCAGCGGCUUUGUCAAUAUAUCCGUGAGCUGAUCUUGAGUUGUAAUCUGCUUAAGGAUAAUUUUCCUCCUGUCCACACAUUCUCUGAUAUAAUGAAAUCGUGUGUCAAUGUGUUUAGUUCGAUCAUGGUGGACAGGGUUUUUGCUAAGGUCGAUUGCUGACUUAUUGUCCACUUUGAGGACCGAUGGUUCGGGCUCUCCUCCCAUCACAUCCUUCAGAUCUAGUUUGAGUACUUUGAGUUUAGAGUGCUUUGGAGAGAUUGGAGAGUGUGUAAAUCCUCAAUAUAUCAAAUACUCCUUCAAUAUAUCUCAAUUCACUCUAAUACGACUCAUUACUAGAAUACCUACACUAGGCCUCAGUAGUCGUACUGGCCAGACUGUUCCACAUGCACCUACUGCUGCAGCUAUGUACUCGCCUCACAGGAUGAGAGAGCUAGCACCUUUUGCUUAAUGGACUGCCAAGUGAUAGGAUUAUUGGCCAAGAAGAAGAACAACCCGCUUGUGCUCCUUCUGUCGUCAACAUCUCCUGCGUGGUCACUGUCACUGAAUCCAACCAAUUCCUUGUGUUCCGUGAAUCCAACCAUCUCCUGCGUGGUCAUCAACAUCUCCUUCUGUCAUCCACCAGAUGUACGUGCUGCUGCUCCGUCGCGGCGCGUGGCUUCUCCAGCGCUGGCAGCAGGGUCACUGGCCCCUCCACAGCACUGGGCGACUCCUCCAGCGCUGGGGCUAGGGUUAGAGGUGGUGGAUCCGGCGCCGCCUUCUCCAGCAGGGGCCAGGCCACCUGCUUCGGGGGAUGAUCUGUCGGCGCCUCCUCCACCAGGGACGGGACCGCUAGCUGCAACAGUUGUCCCGGCGGCGCCUCCAAUGCCCCGACCGGGGUCUCCUGUGGGUGGAUCUGAGCCCGAGAAGCCUCCAGCGCCGGGGAUUCUGCCGACGAUGCGGUCUCCACCGCAGAGCGGGCGGAGCUGGACGGAGGAGACCCGUGCGAGGAGCAGAGUCCCCUCCUCCUCUUCGGCCUGCGCGACAUAGGCCUUCCCCUUGUUGGACUUAGACGGGCAAUCUCUGGCCCAGUGGCCAGUUUUGCCGCAGCUCCGGCACUGGUCGCGGCCUUUCCCAGCACCGGUUCGCUCGCCAGUUGCUUGUCGCGCCUCGACGUAGACGUCGCCUGUGGUUACCGGACUUCGACGCGCCGGCGUCAUUUCGGUGCUUCUCCUUCCACCGAGCCUCCCACUGCUCCUCCGUUAGGUACAGCUUACCCCCCGUCGACGGUGGUGAGGCAUCAUCAGCAUGCUCGGCCGCUUUCAGUCGGCCGGUGAUAUCCUCCAUCGACAGGGUCGACACAUCCAGUCGGAAACUACUAGUUGCUUGUACCUUGACUCCCGAUCCAAAGAUACUUCUCCACUAAGUUAGGGCUAAUCGAUUA